GAAGAUAUGUCGGCCUUCGUGCGUGUCUCGGGGCCGCCAAAUAGCAACUUUCUGGUCGGCUACCCAGGCAUAUCCGCGACUCUGCCCAGAAUAGAAGGUAAGGUCGAAAUUCGCCCGCUUGUUGGCGUUUCGGCCCCCGUCAAUAUCUCGCUCGUUACCAUUGCCCUCCAUCGCCGCGAGACCAUACAUCCCUCCGCCGAUUCCGUCACCAAAAAACACUUGGCCGCCCCCCGGAAAGAGAUUACCGACAUUGUAGGAAAGGAAAUGCUUCUGUUCCGUUGUUCGCAUGGGCGAGAGUUCGACAGCGUCAUGGCCAUGGACUUGCCUUUCGUCAUAUUCAUACCUUACGGCCGUGGCGGGGAAGAGGUAGCGCGCCGGGUUCCUCCAGCCAGCCUGCAACUACCGAGUCGAACUGCUGAGACCUUUUACGAGCUCGUCGUAUCGGUACAACAAGGAUCCUCCGAGCAGAAGAAAUACCCUUUCCCAGUACCCAUUCAGCGAUACGAUACUCUUUCCACUUUUGGCAUGUACAAUCGGCCUGAAAGCGCAGAGCGCGUCACCGACCACCUUGUCACCCUGGGUAUAAGUUUGCCUAGAUGGAGCUAUGGCCCCCUCGAUCCCGUUUCGGUGUAUAUCAAGCUCAGUCCCAAUCCGGACUGGCUGAGUAAAGCGAAGAAGGUCACCAUCAGAUCCAUUACGGUCGGUAUAGACGAGGAAAUCAUAUUCAAUCACGAGGGUGAUGAGCCAACGAGAAAAGUGAAAACCUUGGCCAAGACGGCCCAAAAUAUCGGCGUGAAGAUGCCCGAGGCAGGCUAUUUCACAAAUCUCGGUCUUGUUUUCCCGGCCAAAGAUGUUCGCGACUCUGAUGGCAUAAUACCACGCGGGAAGAAGGCUUUCCCAAUGUACGCUGUUAACGGCUUCACAACUACUGGUACUCUCUACAAGAUAGAGUAUUAUUUAACAGUCAAGGCGACAAUGGGAGCAGCAAAGGAUAUUCUUCUCCGCCAACCGAUUGUGGUAUGUCCAUUUGAUCACGCAGGCUGCAAGGAAGAGAUGGAAGCUAUCGAACAAGCCGCGAAAGAUGCCGCACAUGUUGCGCCCGAAAACCCAAUGCUACCCGCGGCUACCAUCGUCCGUUCCAACGAUCCUAGCGGACUCCGUGCCCUGGGUAUGGCCAUGGUGGGCGGCGUUCGGAAACCACUAAUUGAAUGA